AUUAGAGUCCGAUAGAAUACCUGAUCGUAAUAUCCCGAAUAGUUGACGAGGAAAAGCGAGAGAGACGCGGAGCAGAGAAUCCGCGUCUCCCCUUUCUCCGAUAUCUUUGGUCUUCAGGGAAGCAAGCGCCACAGUAGCAGAGAAGCGAAGAAGAAGAAAACUUGGAGAAGAGUGGGGCGCUGGCUGUGGGGGAGAAGAGGAUGCCUGGGAGGAGGAUGAGGACAUCGGAACCUAACAACAUCCAUAGCUGUGCGCAGUUUGGUGAUCUCUCCGGCCUCCAGAAACACCUGGAGGAAAAUCCUGCUCUUCUCAAUGCCAAGAACGGCAUCAUGGCACAAACGCCUCUACAUUUAGCAGCUGGCUAUAACAAAUGUGAUAUCAUCAAAUAUUUGCUUGAGUGGAGAGGCCCUGUAAAGGUUGAGAUGGAAGCUAAGAAUAUGUAUGGUGAAACACCUCUGCACAUGGCGGCAAAAAAUGGUUGCAAUGAGUCUGCUCGGCUGCUUAUCUCUAAUGGUGCUUCUUUAGAGGCAAAAGCUAAUAAUGGAAUGACGGCUCUCCAUUUAGCUAUUUGGCAUGCACGACAAGCCAUGGAGUGUGGUAUAGUGAAAACAUUGUUAGAGUACAACGCAGAUUGCAGUAUCCAGGACAACGAGGGUUUCACUCCCUUGAAUCAUAUUUCUGAAGGGCAUGGUAGUGAGAAAUUGAGGGAACUUCUUGAUCAACACAUCAAAGAACAAUUAAAGUUCAAAGCCCUCAAAGCUUGUGGCGAGGCAAAAGCAAAGAUGGUCCAGUUUGAAGUUUCCUUGUCAAACAUUGUGGGACUGCAUUCACUUAAGUUGCAGUUGCGUAAAUGGGCUAAAGGAAUGAUUUUUGAUGAGAAAAGAAGAGCUCUCGGCUUGAGCAUUUCGGCAACAAAAGUUCCUCAUAUGGCUUUUCUUGGUAACCCUGGAACAGGUAAAACCAUGGUUGCUCGUGUUCUUGGCAAACUACUUCAUAUGGUUGGAGUUCUACCCACAGAUAAGGUGACCGAAGUGCAAAGAACUGACCUGGUUGGAGAAUUUGUAGGGCAUACAGGACCGAAGACAAGGAAGAAGUUGCAAGAAGCGGAGGGAGGAAUCCUUUUUGUUGAUGAGGCCUACAGGUUGAUACCAGCACAGAAAUCAGAGGACAAAGACUAUGGCUUAGAGGCUUUAGAAGAAAUUAUGUCUGUUAUGGAUAAUGGGAAGAUUGUCGUCGUAUUUGCCGGAUACCGCGAACCAAUGAAGCGGGUGAUCGCAUCAAAUGAGGGCUUUUGCAGAAGAGUUACAAAGUUCUUUCACUUUGAUGACUUCACUCCUGCUGAACUCGCCCAAAUUCUACACUUGAAAAUGAAUUUUCAGGAGCAAAAUAGCUCACUUUAUGGCUUCAAGCUUCAUCCUUUCUGUACCAUAGAAGCAGUGGCUGCUCUUAUCCUCAAUGGAACGACUGAUAAGCAGCGGAAGGAGAUGAAUGGGGGUUUGAUUGAUCCAUUACUCACUAAUGCACGUGAGAAUCUGGAUCUGAGGCUGGAUUUUGACUGCUUUGAUUCUGACAGUCUCGUUACAAUAACCAUGGAAGAUUUGGAAGAAGGUCUUAGAACAUUAUGUAGGUGAAAGAAAUUCCGAUUAGAUUAGAAUCAUAUUCUUUUUAUGGUGAAAGUUUGUUGAGCAUGCAAAUACAGGUAUUUAUUUAAUCAUUCUUUGUGAUAUCUUUUGGAAGCUUCCUUUUACAUGUUGCAUUAAUAAAUUGUUCAAAUUUAGCUGGAACUGCAGUUA